GUAUUAUUUAAUUACACAAAAACGAAGUGGGUUGAGCAGGCGGCGGCGGCGGUCUGAUUGCUAUUUAAACGGUUUCGCUUGUUCAGUCUAAUGCGAGUAAUAAAACGUUGUUAUUCAGUUUACAAGAACACAUUUGGCGACAUGGACAAUUUAAUAGCCGUCUGUCAGGUGUCUUCGACCAACGACAAAGCGAAAAAUUUCCAAGCUUGCAAAACGCUCAUCACCAAUGCCCAAAAAUGUGGCGCUAAGAUGGUUUUCUUGCCUGAAUCGGUAGAUUAUAUCGAGGAGGACCGGCAGAAGUCUUUCGACAUGGCAGAAUCCCUGGACGGACCUCUUAUAAGUGACUACAGAGCUCUAGCCAAAUCGUUGGGCGUUUGGGUGUCCCUCGGAGGGUUUCACGAAAAGUUUUCAGAUACUAAAUUAUAUAAUACUCAUGUUGUAAUCGACGACAGAGGUGAAAUAGCUAGUAAAUAUCAUAAAAUACACUUGUACGACGUGGAAUUGCCAUCUAGAAAUAUUAACGCCAAAGAAUCGAGUUUGAUCGAAGCCGGUAGUGAAAUCGUAACACCGGUUCACACGGCCAUUGGGAAUGUCGGUUUGGCAAUCUGUUACGACAUGAGAUUCCCUCAAAUGGCGAUGGCUUUGGCAGAAAAAGGUGCAGACAUUUUGACUUACCCUUCGGCAUUUUUUUUCGGAACCGGAGCCAUUCAUUGGGAAGUGCUACUACGUAGCCGCGCUAUCGAAACCCAAUGUUACGUAAUAGCUUCGGCUCAAACCGGCAGCCACAGUUCUUCGAGAAAGUCUUGGGGUCAUUCGCUCGUGGUCGACCCGUUGGGAACGGUUAUCGCACAAUGUUCGGAUGAACCCGGUUUCGUGUUGGCGCCGAUAGAUUUGACUUUGGUAAACAGUAUUCGAGCAACGAUGCCGCUCGUCAAUCACAGAAGGUACGGCAUUUAUCCGAAAAUGUCCUCGACCCCGUGGCCCUAUUUGCCGAUUCAAGACUCUAGUGAAUACAAAUUUGGUGCGUCCACGGUCAAAGGCUUUCAAGUGUUUUGUCAGACUCCGUUGAGUAUGGCGUUCACCAACAUUAAAUGCGUUCUACCGGGGCACGUUUUGGUUGCACCUCUAAGAUCGAUGGAAAAGUUGUCAGAUCUCAACGAGGACGAAGUCAAAGAUCUCUUUCUGUUAGUCCAGAAAGUCGAAAAAACCGUCGAGACCCUUCACAACACCAAGUCGGCGUCGAUAGUUAUUCAAGACGGAGAAGACGCUGGACAAACUAUAAAACACGUGCACGUUCACAUAAUCCCGAGGAAACAAGGCGACUAUUUAGACAACGACGACAUUUACAGAGAACUACAAAACGAAAGAAAAUCUACCAUCCCGAAAAGAUCCGAUGACGAGAUGGCACAAGAAGCCUUGGUGUUGAGAAAACAUUUUUGAUCGUUUUAGGUUUUUCUGAAAUGUUUUUUUUUUUUUUUUUAAAGUUACCAAUAUAACAGUAAGGCUUAGGACAGACUUAUUUGACAAGGAUAAUAAUAUUAAUGUGUGAGGAGUUUAACUUGAAUAAAUUCAGCCAUAAAUUUAAGUUCAGCUGUUGACAACUGUUGACUAAUAAUAUCAUGAUGACCAUUGUAGUUUGUUUUGUUUUUGUUU